AUGGAAAUGGAUUUGGAAAAUUCAUGCAAUCUUGAAUCCAGCAUCAUUAUAAAUGGUAAAAAGCUGAGAACGAUAGAAAUUGACACUGAGAUUAAGGUCAACUACCAAACAAAACAAGAAAUGGUUAGCUUAAUCAAUUGAACAUUAAAACAAAUUACAGAGCAGAAAGAACUCCAAAUCUUAAACGCAAGCCAAAAGAUUACUAAAAUAAAGAAUGAUUUAAGUUCCUAUAUCCAAAAAUCAACGCCCUUUCAAAUGAAUGUGCCAAUCUAUUAA